UCUCUUCUCUUCUCUUCUCUUCUCUUCUCUUCUCUUCUCUUCUCUUCUCUUCUCUUCUCCUCUCCUCUCUUCUCUUUUCUUCUCCUCUCCUCUCCUCUCGUCUCGUCUCGUCUCCUCUCCUCUCGCUAUCCUCAGGCGACCACAGAACAAGGAGACAUGCCGGAAUUCUUUGAUGCCAGCGAUUCUCCCGAUUCAUCUAAAGAGUUCAUUCUGGCCAAAGAGAUUUCCGAUCCGUUGUUAUGCAACGAAAUAACCAUCCAGUUUUUGGCUUAUUCAAGGCAAGUUGCUCAAAGUGGCUCCAUUAUACUUCGUAUGGGCACCGUUGUCAGAAGACUCGAGUCCGUCCACCAACCCUCUUAG